AUAUUCUGCUGGUUGCAGUCUCCAACCUCACCGCUAGAGGCCACUAAAUCCCACACAUUGGUCCUUUAAGCCGCGAAUGUGAAACUAACUUCAGGCUCCGUCCACAGUCUGUUAUGUCACUCUCUACGCCCCAGCGGUCACCUGGUUCAUCUGAAGGCUGAAAUACACGGGACUGCUAAGUUAGCUGGGUUAGCUAAGAUAAUAAACACAAACAAAAUGCUCUCUCGCUUGUUAUUUACCCUCAUCAACAACCUCCAUGUCGUCGAGAAGCUGGCAGAGUCUCGUCCUAUUCGCAGGGCGGCCCAGAUCACUGCCUACGCCAUCACCAAGGCUCAGAUAGCCGGCCGGGACGCCUCGAACCAGGUCAUGCGGUCUCAGACGCUGCGGCAGGUGCGGGAGGAGGCCGGAAGAGUCCCCGGUGACAUGGGAGAGGUGGGCAACCGCCUCAGAAGAGUCCGAGAGACAUUUGUGAAUGAAGUGAAGGAAGGAUGGAAAGACGGCUCCAGACAGAUUAAGAAGUAAAGAGGACAGACUGGCUGUGGGAUGUUGAAGUGACUGAUAAUGAAACUUUUCUGACAACAUCUCUACCUUCAACCUGCUUGAGCAAUGCACUAAAACAGUGUGGUGGUUAACUGCAGCCAUCAAACAGUGACUUCAUGUUGGACUCGAUCAGGAAUUGUGGUUGUGAAUAACGUGGGUGUAAUCAAUGGCCAGAUAAUUUACGAUUAAACUGUGGGUAGCUCAAUAAAUUCACUGUAUUCACAUGUCUGAGAACACAUGGAAAUCUGUGUGUGUGUGUGUGUGUGUGUGUGUGUGUGUGUGUGUGUGAGUGAGUGAGUGAGUGAGUGAGUGCUGCAUCUUUCAGAAAGCCUGUACAAAAACAGGAAUGGUCUUGGAAAAUUAGAAGUGGUUGUCUGGAUUAAUGUGGAAAGGUUAAGUUCAUUUUUCUGAUGUAAGAUGACAAUUCCCGAUCAUUUGAAUAAAGACUACACCCCUUCAACUGCCUUGUAUUAAAAGCCUUUUCACAUUAAUCUAUGAACAAAACCACACAGCGAUGUCCAGUAUUUUAUUUUUAAUUUCCCUUCACCGAUCCUGCUGAACACCUGAUUUUUAUCUGUAUGUUAUCAGUGGAAAUCAUUUUAUCAUCUGAAAAGAGAGAGGGAGAAAGGUGAUGUGUGUACACAAUGAACUCAGUUCUGACUGUAUAAAUAAAGAUAAUUUAUAACUUAA